GUCCCCGACCCAUUAUCCCUUAUCAUCAUCUCUAAAUCCUCUACUUGUCAGUUAUUGGGCUUCAAGAUGGGUGGAAAAUGGAAAUGUUUGGAUGUUCUUUCUUAAGUACUGGGCUUGUUGUAAACUUAAAAUGUGAAAAGCCCAUAAACUCUCUUGGGGUUUCUGCCUGCCAAAGUCCAAUAUAAAUUCGUCCGCCGUCUUCCACUGCAACCACCGGCGCUACAUUUCUGCUUUCCGCCGGACUCCCGGGGGAAAAUGAAGCUAUGGCAUCUUCGACGAAGAACCAUUUCGAAUCCGAACUUUAUGUCAACUAGCUACUUCUGCACCUGCAAUCCCUGCAGACCUGAUAAUGACGAAAAUGAUAGAGAUUCCGAGAUCGUCGGCGUUCUCGAAACCAUCGUACGAGGAAAGCAAAGCUGGAGAUCAGCUUUCAGCAAUCCCUCUCUCUCCGCUUCAAUUAGUACCCGCCAUGUGGAGCAAAUGCUAGUUCGAACCGUUGACGACUCCAGGUUAGCUUUGAGGUUCUUCAACUUCCUGGGGUUGCAUAGAAAUUUUGACCAUUCAGCCCUGUCCUUCUGCAUUCUAAUCCAUUCGUUGGCCAAUGCUAAUCUUCAAUGGCCCGCUUCUUCACUUCUGCAAACGUUGCUGUUUCGCGGGUUGGAGCCGAGGCAGGUUUUUGAGGUUCUCUUGGACUCGUUCCGCUUGGGCAGAUUUAGCUCUAGCUUGGGUUUCGAUCUAUUGAUUCAGAAUUAUGUGGCCAAUAAGAGAAUGGCCGAAGCUGCUUUGGUUUUUAGAUUGAUGAAGACCAGCAGCUUAUUUCCAGAAGUUAGGACUCUGGGUAUGCUCAUGAAUGGGUUCGUGAAGAUUAGGCAAUUUGAUACGGUUCUGCUUUUGUAUGAUGAGGUUGUGAAUGCUGGAAUUAUACCUGAUGUUUACAUUCACACAGCAGUUAUUAGAAGCUUGUGUGAACUGAAGGAGUUCGUUAGAGCAAAGGCGAUGAUUCAAUGGAUGGAAAAAGAGAGGUUGGAGGUAGGUAUGGUGGGUUAUAAUGUGCUUAUUCAUGGGUUUUGCAAGUGCCAGAGAGUUUGGGAAGCUGUUGAGAUUAAGACUAGUUUGACUCAAAAGAAUCUAACCGCUGAUGUGGUUACUUAUUGCACGUUAGUACUUGGGUUGUGUAAAGUGCAAGCAUUUGAUGCUGGUCUAAUGAUGAUGAAUGAAAUGAUUGUGUCUGGGUUUAUUCCGAGUGAAGCUGCAAUAUCAAGCCUUGUUGAGGGUUUGAGGAAAACCGGGAAGAUCAGGGAUGCUUAUGAUCUGGUAAAUAAGGUUGGUGAAGUUGGGGCAGCGCCUAGUUUGUUUGUGUAUAAUGCAUUAAUCAAUUCCUUGUGUAAAGAUGGGAAAUUCAAUGAAGCUGAGUUUCUUUUUGAAGCCAUGAGAAUGAAGAGCUUAUGUCCAAAUGAUGUAACUUAUUCUAUUUUGAUUGAUUCAUAUUGCCGAAGGGGGAAGCUAGGUACUGCUAUUCAAUUUCUUAACAGAAUGAUUGAGGGAGGAGUAAAAAUCACAGUCUAUCCGUACAAUUCUCUAAUAAAUGGUCAUUGCAAGAUUGGCAAUCUGAAUGCAGCGUGGUCUUUCUUCGAUGAGAUGGUUAAUAUAGGUCUGAUACCCACUGUUGUAACUUACACGUCACUUAUAAGUGCACUCUGCAACAAUACAAACAUACAGAAAGCACUUAGGUUGUACCAUGAGAUGACUGGCAAGGGUAUCGCUCCAAAUAUUUAUACGUUCACUGCACUCAUACGUGGCUUCUGUCAAGCAAAUAUGAUGAAUGAAGCUAUCUGUAUGUUCAGAGAUAUGGUGAAGUGGGAUGUUAUGCCAAAUGAGGUGACUUACAAUAUCCUGAUUGAAGGACACUGCAAGGAUGGGAACACAACCGAGGCUUAUGUUUUGUUUCAUGAAAUGCUGAAUAAGGGUCUUGUUCCAGAUACAUUUACAUAUAGGCCUCUAAUUGGUGGCCUUUGUUCUACCGGUAGAGUUUCUGAAGCUAAGGAGUUUAUUGAAAGCCUUCAUAGAGAGCAUAGGAAAUUAAACGAGAUAUGUUAUAGUGCACUACUUCAAGGCUACUGCAAGGACGGAAGACUAAUCGACGCUCUGAUUUAUGCUCGUGAGAUGGUAGAUCGAGGCAUUGAUAUGGAUCUAGUUUGUUACUCAGUGCUUGUAGAUGGAACCAUGAGGAAGCAUGAUAUGAAAACGUUGUUGGGUCUUUUAAACGAUAUGCGUAAUCAAGGAUUGAAGCCUGACACUGUAAUGUAUACAAGCAUGAUUGAUGGUCAUGGAAAAAUAGGGAACCUUAAGGAGGCAUUGGGACUUUGGGAUAUAAUGAUUAAUGAAGGAUGCAUACCAAGUACAAUAACUUACACUGCCCUCAUCAAUGGUUUGUGCAAGUCGGGGUUGAUGGAUAAGGCUGUGCUUCUUUGCAAGGAAAUGCUGGCCGGCGGUUCUCUCCCAAAUCAUGUGACAUACACCUGUUUUCUCGACCAUCUAGUCAGGGAGGGAAAUAUGGAGAAAGCUGGAGAACUUCACAAUAUCAUGAUGAAAGACUUUGUAUCCAACACCGUUUCAUGCAAUAUUCUUAUCCGGAGCUUCUGUAGAUCAGGUAAGAUGGAGGAGGCAAUGAAACUUAUAGAUGGAAUGACUGAGGCUGGUAUUUUUCCUGAUUGCAUUACAUACUCGACGAUAAUAUAUGAGUACUGCAGAAGGGGAAAUUUGAAGGAAGCCAUAGAUUUGUGGGGGAGUAUGUUAAGUAAGGGCGUGAAGCCUGAUACUCUAGCGUACAAUUUUUUAAUAUACGGUUGCUGUAUUGUCGGGGAAGUGGAGAAGGCAUUGGAAUUACAAGAUGACAUGAUGAGGAAGGGAAUGAGGCUGAAAUUAAGUACGCAUAGUGCUCUGAAUCAUGCGACUCAUCAUUUGACAUUGAGAGGAUAGGUUUGGUCAUCUCAAAAGUUUGACUUCUAUGUUGACAUGGAGUACUGUGCAGAAUACUCCACAUGCGGAGCCUUGACUUCUGGUAAGUACCAUGAUACUCAUUAUGGUUCUUUUAAGAUGUUGCUAUUAUGUCUUUGGCUGUAUGCCUCUAUAAUAAUGUGUGUGGGUAAGUAUAUGCUGUCACAAGGCUAGCCUUUUCCAGUUUUCUUAAUGGUACCUAAUACUUGUUUUUCACAGAAUAAAUGUAGCUUUGGUUCUUCCAGAUGUUGUCUAUUAAACUAUAAUGCUAACAUUUCUUUUCAUCUAUCAAAAGUCUUGCAAGAUGUGAUCCAAGUCAUUAUUAUAAUAGUCUAAUAAAGGUGAUAAGAAAAUUCACAAAGCCUGAGGAUAGAUCUUGCAGUAAGUAACAGAGAAUUAUAGAUUAAGAUAAAAGAAAUAUAAAUUUUAGAUUAAUUAUGUUUUAAACUUCUAUAGGGAGCAAUGCAGGCCAUAUAGGUUCCUAAACCUCUUACAUAACUCCAUAAACCUGUAUUAUGAGCAGUGAGUGAAAGAAAUUUCACUAGUGGCUGUGACUUAAUUUUAAUUUCCUGAGUUUUACAUCAUCAAAAAUGCUCAUACGGAAAGAAAUUUUCUUUCAGACAAUUUUCUAAGGCCUUUAUAUGGAAGCGUAUCAGAAGGUAAUUAUUGAUCUUUCUUACACCUAUGAGUUUGUUGAGUUUCAGUGAGAUGAAGAACCGCUCAAGAAGAGAGGAGAAAAGGGUUUGAAGAGGAAGGGGAGAAAGAGAGGGGGGGAGGGUCUCUUGUGCCUCAAACUGCAAAUGGAUAAGUGAGCAAUCUAUAAAUUGCUCUUUCCAAAUUGCCAUCUGUACAUGGCAUUAAAUUUUUGGUUUUACCAGACAAUUCCUUUUCCAGGGGACUUGACUCAUCAGCACCAGAUGGGUGGUAUUUCUGCUCCACCAAGGAACAUUCUCAUGUGAAGCUGUUUCUGAAAGUGGAUAUUACACACGAAUUUAGUCCUUUUAGAUCGCUUUCCUGGUUGUGGUGGAAUGUGGACAUGGUUAUGCAUGGAUCCUAAACUUUCUGAUGUUGAUAGGAUUAUGCAUGGAUUCAAAACUUUCUGAGGCAUGCUGUUUCAUCUCCAAUUCCUGCCUUUUCCCCUUACCAUUUCUUAGGUAUGUUUUCAAAUUGUUUCAUUUUUCCUCAGAGAUCGACCCUUGAUAAUGAAAAGUCUGCACAUGAAAGCUUCAAACUAAAUCGUCCAGUGACAAAAGUGACCUGGCCUUCUAUUAUUAGUUGGAAAUGCCUUCCUGGUGGUCUAUAUAAUAAAAAAUACUUACUAUCUUCUUGUCUAUGUUAGGGGUGAACCUGCAGAGGAUUUUUGUGCACUGUCGAAGAAAUGGGAGAAUCUAUGCAAGCAACAUGUGGUCACUAUCCUUGAAAAGACACGUUCCAGAAGAUCAAUGUUCUCGAAAGUUGAAGAUUGGAAUGACGGUAGACUCAAUGAAGCUGAUGGCGCAACUGAUGAAUUUAAAGUCUCAAAGAUAGUGAAAUUUGUUUUGGUGAUCAUAGUUCUUCUGGGAACCAUGGAUUGAUACUUAAGGUACCUCACUCAUACUGCCCCUUCAUGUUGGUUGGUUUGAGGAUGGUAUGUUUUUGUGGAAGAAAAGCUUUCCUCAUGCUUUCUGGAUAUUAGGAAUGAACUGGACCCCGUGAUCUGUUUGUCUUUGCCAUUAACCUGUUAUUGCUUCUGGCAUCCUUUUGUUCAAUCUUCAUAUUAUCUCUAUCUAGAACAUUCUGUGUUGGUCAGCUGUGCAAAAGCCAGGACAUGGUUUAGAUUAGGAUUUUCUCCUUAGAAACUGACUGGGCAUGCUUGCUGCAGAUAGCAAGUUCCAAAAAAAACUGCUAUGCUGGUGCAUUUUGUAAUAUAAAAAAUCGAAUCUUAUACAUGGGACCAUUAUGUCUUGUGAAUCUAAUACGUAUGUGGGUAGUCCUUGAGAAGUAGUCUGCAGAGGCGUCAUUGUAGCGUGUCGCAAUAUUCUUUCUAUUGAUCGUGAAUCUUGUUAAACCCUUUAUCAUCAGCUCCGUUGCAUAUCGCUUCUUCACAUAUGAAAGAUCUUAGAUUUUAAUCCUUCUUCAGAUGGAAUGACUGAGACUGAUAUUGUGAUUGACUGUCUUCUCCUUGGUAAAUGGUAAUAAUGGUGAUUGGAUACUUUUCCUGUCACUAAUUGCUCUGCACUUUUGCCUCUUCAUAGCUAUUGCUACUUCUGCCAGGUUGCCUCAAGGAACUGACAUCGUUGCACGACGACGCUCACUCUUCUUGUCAGGCUCACUCUGCUGAGGCAUUUCUCGACACAUAAGAUUGUGGCAAAUGGUGAUCCAGUGCAUGUUACUUAAUUCCACUGGAUAACAGUCGAUGUUCAUUUGAUUUACAACACAAAAUGGUAAAACAUAUUACGCCUGUUGUUAUCAGAGCUCAAGUUAGAAAUAUAGUCCUUACUCAGCUGCUGCAUAUUUUUCACCUUUGUUUUAUAGAUGCAGGAAGUUGAUUAGCUGGGACAGGGAUCAACAGCUUCUCACAAGUUUUGUUGGCUGAUAAAUCUCCGGUACAAGCUUGAUGCAUCAAUCAAUUUCGACCAUUUGUACAACUGGGGGUGAUUAACAGUCUCCUUAUUCUUUAGUUCUUACAAUUAUUGGUUUCAAUUUUCUUUGUUUUUGUAUUGAGGUUUGUUGGAUGAUUUAGGUGCUAUAAUGGAUAGCUGUGAACAAACAGAGUUAAUCAGAGACAGUGGACACUAAUGAAUUGGGGUUUAGUAAAACCAGAGAGCAGUGAGCGAGGGGUGGGCAUAUAGUCGGUUCGGUUUAAAUUGAACCUAUACCGGGUCCCCGAAUUCUACCAAACUUCAAACCGAAUUCGAACCGAAUUAAUUCGGUUCGGUUCGUUUUUUCAUACAAAACCAAACUUGUGAGAUUAGCUUGUAUCUUUUCUCUUUUAAAUUAUUUUUCACUUCUAAUGUAAACAAUAAAUAUGCAAUUAUAUGCAUCAUCAAUGAUGAAAUCAAACAUUUCAACACAUAAGUCAUAAAACACUAACAUGAUUCAAAUAUUUAAGUCUCAUCAUAAGUACAGACAUAAAAAUCCACCAUUUGGAAUUAUAGUUAUUCGGUUUGGAAUUCGAAAAUUCGGUUCGGUCAAAAGGACCCUGGUUUCCGAAAUAUGUCAUUUUCUCUUCCGAAUUCAAACCAAAUAACAUUAAUUCGGUUUUAAUUCGGUAUAUAUUCGAUUUGGUUAGGUUCGGUUCGGUUUUACCGAAGUGUAUGCCCACCCCUAAGUGACUGAGUGUCCCUGGUCAUCAUGUAAAGAAAAAUGAGAGAUUGAUGAAUGGACAGCAUACCGAUCAUGAAAUGACAAAAAUCCUAUUUUUCUUUUGCCUCUUCUUGUGUCAGAUCUUAAACUGCUGAACUGGGAGGUUGAGCAUUACGUCACUGAGUAAUGCAGUUUGAAGCUGGAUGAUUUGAAGACUGAAUUUAUCACCAGAAGAAGUGACGUAAUAGCUAAAUGGCUUACUAUCUCAUCGAACAUUGAUUUUGUCUGAUUGUCUCUCAUCGUCAACUUCCACGUAUAGAGCCAUAGAGGUGAUUUGCUUGUUAGAUUUAGAAAAGUAAAGUUUUUGGUAUUUUUGAAAAACCAAGGAUUUAUGAUGGAUUGGUUUGUUAUGAAUUUUAAGACUUUGUUCUUCGCUUGUUGAAUUUGAUGAUGGAUUUUAGGAUUAUGGUUGUAUCACUUUAAUGGGUAAUUUGCAUGACCGCACUUCAUUUGUUUUAUAUGGUGACAAGACAACUUGAAUGUCUCAUGUACUAAAACUUGUGUGGUUCGAGAUUAAUUUAGUUAUAUUCAAUUCAAACUCAAUUUCUCCUUCGGGUUGUCCAUUCUUGUUAGUUUCCUUAAUUGAGCAGAUGUUCUUCAUUCAGUUUUAGGAUUUUCUGUUAUGGGCUUGCUCUUUUUGUGAUUUGGCGUUUCGCAUCUUGGGAACCUCAUUCCGAUAGGUGGGGUGGUUAUUUUCCAAGGUUUGGUGGGUUCACUGUCUUUUGGUGAAGCCAUUCUCUGCUUUCCUCCUCUGGCAUCCCCUGGUUGUUUGUCUGCUGCUUGGUCGCUCGUCGGAUCAUGGAGGAUAGAGUCUUCUUUGGCUCGGUGUGGUGGUUGCUCAUAUGGCAUUGCUAUGUUCAAUCGUAAUAGACUUUGUUGUGAUUGGACGAGCCGAUUCUAAUCUUAUUGGUACUAUGUUUGAUUUGUAUGAGAGAAGGAUUCUUGAUAUACUAUUUUUUUUUCUUUUUAUUAAGUGUUCAGAUUCUUUGGGUGGUUGUCUUCACUCUUUGCGUUGCUCUUCUAUGGUGUAUUUCCAAAGUACGGUUUGUUUUCAACCGAUCGCUCAGAGACGAUUUAUGCUUGCUUGGAUACAAUUUCUUUCUUUGGUUCUCUUGUACGUAACUGAUCAUUCAUAAUACAAUGUAACUGUCAUGAACCAGUUGCUCCCAAUAACUCGAGUUGUUGGGAGAAGGUUAUGCUGGAUCUUAUACCACUCUCUAACACGCCCCCUCAAACGAAAGCCAACUCAUGGGCUUGAAGUUUGCACAGGCCCACCAUACCAUGUGCUUUAAUCAACUGUUAAUAUUGGG